GAGCGGAUGUUUCGCACUGAGUAGGUCGCUUUGCAUCUCGCACUAUCCACAGAGCGAGCCGGUGAUGAGGGCUGGUCGGGAUUGCGUUAGUAUAUUGGAAAUUCAAAACGAUUUUGGAAUAAUGGCGAAGUGAAAGUAAGGACGCCGAGGAUGCAACAUCUUGUUGGUAGAAUACACGAUGGACAAACGCCUGCCGUGAACGGAGGGUGUUAAAUUGUAAAAAUAAUGGAAGCCUGACCUAAGGGGACUCCUCCACUUAAUUAUCCCCGACCGCAUCUCUGUUAACCAUUCCCUCUGGUGUGGUGGUCAGAGACGUGCAGGCUGUGAUUGAUGGGUGGCACCCUGUGAGUGAACCUAUGGCAGUGAAACCACACAAUACAGAUUCCUGUGUGUGACUCUACCAUGGACCACAUCCUCUGUUGCCUGCUGGUCCUGGGAACCACAGUGUUGAUGGCCCACGCAUGCCCAAAGUACUGUGUGUGCCAGAACCUGUCCGAGUCCCUGGGGACCUUGUGUCCCUCCAAAGGCUUGCUCUUCGUCCCACUGGACAUCGACCGGCGCACUGUGGAGCUCCGGCUGGGCGGAAACUACAUCCUCCGCAUCACCCAGCAGGACUUUGCCAACAUGACCGACCUGGUGGACCUGACGCUCAGCCGCAACACCAUCAGCUACAUCCAGCCCUUCUCCUUCAGCGACCUGGAGACCCUGCGCUCCUUACACCUGGACAACAACCGUCUCAUAGAGCUGGGUCCCGAUGAUCUCCGGGGCCUGGUCAACCUGCAGCACCUCAUCCUUAACAACAACCAGCUGGGACGCAUCUCGGACCGGGCCUUGGAAGACCUGGCACCCUCCCUAGAGGAUCUGGAUCUGUCCUACAACAACCUGAGGAGCCUGCCCUGGGACUCAGUCAAGCUGAUGGUCUCUCUCCACCAGUUGAGUCUUGACCAUAACCUCCUGGACUUCAUCCCUGAGGGGACCUUUACUGAUCUAGAGAGACUGGCUCGCCUGGAUCUCACCUCUAACCGACUGAAAAAGCUGCCCCCAGACCCCAUCUUCGCCAGGGCCCAGGAUUCAGUGAUGAUGACCACUCCCUAUGCCCCCCAGCUGUCCCUUGGCAUCGGGGGGAACCCCCUGCAUUGUAACUGUGAGGUGCUGUGGCUGCGGCGGCUGGAGAGGGACGAUGAUCAGGAGACCUGCGCUUCCCCUUCCAACCUGAAGGGGCGCUACUUCUGGUAUGUGAGGGAGGAGGAGUUUGUGUGCGAGCCACCCCUCAUCACUCAGCACACCCACAGGAUGCUGGUGCUGGAGGGCCAGAUGGCCAGCCUGAGGUGCGAGGCCAUUGGAGACCCCACCCCCACCAUCCACUGGAUGGCCCCUAACGACCGUGUCCUUGGCAACUCGUCCCGAACCGUCGUCUACGGCAACGGCACCCUGGAGAUUCUCAUCACCACCUCCAAGGACUACGGUACCUUCACCUGCAUCGCGGCCAACGUGGCCGGGGAGUCCACCGCCUCAGUGGAUCUGUCAAUCAUCCAGCUGCCCCACCUCAGCAACGGCACCGGUCAGGCCUCACAGCCCAAGUCCCGCCUCUCGGACAUUACCGGCACAACCAGGAUAAGCAAGGGGGUUCCAAAGACCCCCCCGGAGAAAGUGGUCACUGUGUCAGAGGUGACAGCCAUUUCAGCCUUGGUUAAGUGGACCGUCAGCAAGGCAGCGCCCAAGGUAAAGAUGUACCAGCUCCAGUACAACUGUUCCGACGAUGAAGUCCUCAUCUACAGGAUGAUCCCGGCCUCCAGCCAGGCCUUCCUGGUGACCAACCUGGUGUCGGGGACCAAGUACGACUUGUGUGUCCUGGCCGCCUGGGACGACACCGCCACCACCCUGACGGCCACCAACGUGGUGGGCUGUGCCCAGUUCUUUACCCGCGACGACUACACACAGUGCCAGUCUCUCCACAGCCAGUUUCUGGGGGGCACCAUGAUCCUGGUGGUGGGUGGCAUCAUCGUGGCGACGCUACUCGUCUUCAUCGUUAUCCUGAUGGUACGCUACAAGGCCACCGACCAUGAGGGGGGUGGCAUCGGGGGGAGCGGCAAGCUGACCAGCGUAAUGGACACCCACUCACAGACCAAUGGGGGCCGGCUGGGACAGAACGGCGUGCCCCUUCCCCUGUCCAAACCAAAUGCCAAAGUGACCCUCCAGGAUGAGGUGGUGGAGUUUAAAUGUGGUUCCCUCCAGAGCACCUCGUCCUCAUCCUCGUCGGGGGGCUCGGUGGUCGGGGAGGGUUCCUACAGCCCCAACAGCACCCUGGCCAUUAUGUGGAGGCAGGCUGCCCCCUCUAAGCCCAGGGCAAACCUGGAUCACCUGCUGGGGGCCUUCAACUCCCUAGAGCUCCGGGGGGCCCAGGGCAGGGGAGACCUGGGGGAGCCCUCAUCCAGCAGUAGCACCCCGGUGGCGGGUGGCAAUAGGCCCCACACGGACAGGGAGCCCCUGCUGGGCCGGACAAUGGACUCACGGCUGAGCCGGUUGCUCAUGCUCACUCAUGACUCCAAACCAAAAAGGAGCCAGUCAUUUGACAUGGGGGACUGUAUGGAUACAGAUCAACAAACAGACCAAGCGAUGGCCUCUAGCACCUCCACUGCCACAACGCCGGUGUGCAGUUACCCGCGGCGCAUCAGCAACAUCUGGACUAAGAGGAGCCUGUCUGUGAACGGCAUGCUGCUACAGUGUGACGAGGAAGGGGAUAUGGGGGGGAGCAAGGGGACCUUCGACAGCCAAGAGUGGGUCAUGGAGAGUACUGUCUAGGAGAGAUGAGGACUUGCUUUGUGUCUUCUAAAACACUGCCCCAGAGAGAUAGCAAUAUGCCUCAGUUCUGAUAGACCUCCAGGCUGGAGGAGAAGUCCAUGCCUCCUCCCUCCUUGUCCUGCAUGGAAUUCAUUCAUGUUCAUCUAUUGUGGAUGCUCAAUUUUUGUGACAGAUAUGUACAAAGUUCCCCCAAGUGGGUAAGUCGGCUAACGACGCUUGGUGGAUGGAGCUGAUUCGUGGAGUGAGGUUGUUUUGUGUUUGUAUGUGUGUGUUCUCUACAUGGGGAGGGGGAAUGCACAGUACUGGUCAACUACAAACUACACGUAAGACAUGCAAUGAAACCUAGGAAAUGGGAAGCCUGUUGUUCCUGAGGAGGGCCAUGGUUUCUCUGACACAAGGAACGUGAAACAAAUCACUGUAUUUGUUGACUUGUAAAUUGGCAUAACACUGAAAGUCCAUCUUGUUACUGUUGCAGAGAUGUUGGGCCAUGCAUGGCUCUGGACUAAUACUGUUGUAAGUGAAUAUGAAAUAUAUAAUGAAUUUAAUGUUUUUACAUGUUUUAUUUUGCUGAUCAAACACACAUUGUCUAAUACUGUUCUUCCCCUCUGUACACGACGGGGCUCUGACUUCAAAAUUUGCAUUAUGAAAAACCUCAAUAUACUGUCAGGUUCAAAAUGAUUGGCACCCUUGAUAAAGAUUAACUAAAAAGACUUCACAAAAUAAAUAAUACAAAUACUGAGCUAUAUUGUAUGCAAAAAAAGGACAUUAUAUUAUUUUGUACUAAUACAUUUGCUCAGAGAAAGAGGUGACAUCAAAAUAGAGCUCUUUGGUUAAGUACACCAGAGGUGGGUUUGGUCUUGAAACAUAUGCAUAAAAGUUCCUCAUACCUAUGGUAAAAUAUGAUGACGGAUCUUUAAUGUUUUGGGGCUAUUUUGUAUCCACUGGUCCUGUGGCCCUUGUUAAGGUCAACGGCAUCGUGAACUUUACCAAUUACCAGAUGAUUGUAGCCAAAAACCUGGUUGCCUCUGCCAGGAGACACUUCGACGUAACUGGAUCUUCCAGCAAGACAAUAACCCCAGCGCACAUCAAAAUCUACAAAGAAAUUGUUUAUUGACCACAAAAUCAACAUUUUGCAAUGGCCAUCUCAGCCUCCACUUGAACCCCAUUGAAAACCUGCGGUUUGAAUUGAAGUGGGCAUUCUAUAAGCACAGACGAAGGAUGCCAAGGAUCUGGAAAGAUUAUUUUAUGGAGGAACGAUCUAGGAUCCCUCCCAAUGUAUUCUCCAAUCUCAUAAAACAUUUGAGAAAAAGACUCUGUGCUGUUAUCCUCGCAAGGGGAGGGUGCUGUAGUACUAAAAACAGCAGUGACAAUACAUUUAACCCCUAUCUUUCUUGGAUUUGUUGUAUUACUUAUUAAACAAAAGCCCUUUCCCUGAGUGUAAAAUAAUAUGAUUUAAAAAAAUGAAAUGCAGUUUGUAUUAUUUAUUUUUUGUUCCUCUUUAACAAGGGUGCCAAUAAUUAUGUACCUGACCGUAUAUCCAUCUGCAUUUUUUUAUAUCUGCAGAACCAUUUGUUUCUUAACCCAUUCUGACUGAAUGGUACUGUGUAUAUAUAUAUAUAUAUACACUUUAUAUAGGCAAUUUAGUUCAUCAUAAAAAAAUGUAUAUAUGAAAUUAUUUCAUGAAACCCCGUAUUUGAAUAUUUUAACUUUGUAUACAGAAUGUUUAUUUGAGGCUUCAUUAAAUAAUGCCAUAUCUGGUUCCUAUCAAGUUGUAUUCAUGUAUAAAGCGAGCAAACAAUUCAUCCUCAAAAUCAUGAAAUAUUUUCUUUUUAAGAUAGCAAUGUGAAAUGGGUAAGGUCUUAAGUGAAAAUGUAACUGUUAUCGUGAUGUCACUUAAAAGGUUCAUUAGAGGAGAGUCCUAUGAUUAGUUUCAGCAAAAGAACAUGGCCCCUGUUGGCCUCUAAAUCAAUUAACCCAGUAUAGAGCUAACAACCAGCAGGAGUUUACCCUGUCUUGCACAGAAAGAUUAAGCCCUCAGAGAAACUGCAGAUCAACAUGCUCAAUCUUUGAGAGGCAAGCAUCAAGUUCCUUGUUUUUGAUAGAAAAUCUAUUUUUUUUGUUCAUUAAAAUAACAUCAAAUUGAUCUGAAAUACAGUGUAGACCUUGUUAGACAUUGUUAAUGUUGUAACUGACUAUUGUAGCUGGAAACGGCAGAUUUUUAAUGGAAUAUCUACAUAUCUGCGUACAGAGGCCCAUUAUCAGCAACCAUCACUCCUGUGUUCCAAUGGAAUGUUGUGUUAGCUAAUCCAAGUUUAUCAUUUUAAAAGUGAUCAUUAGAAAACCCUUUUGCAAUUACGUUAGCACAGCUGAAAACUGCUAUUCUGAUUAAAGAAGCAAUACAACUGGCCUUUUUUUUUAGACUAGUUGAGUAUCUUGAGCAUCAGCAUUUGUGGGUUUGAUUACAGGCUCAAAAUGGCCAGAAACAAAAACCUUUCUUCUGAAACUCGUCUCGUUUUUUAGUGAUCAUUUAGCCUUUUAAAAUGGUAAACUUGGAUUAGCUAACACAUCGUGCCAUUGGAACACAGGAGUGAUGGUUGCUGAUAAUGGGCCUCUGUACGCCUAUGUAGAUAUUCCAUACAAAAUCGUCUGUUUCCAGGUACAAUAGUCAGUUACAACAUUAACAAUGUCUACACUGUAUUUCUGAUCAAUUUGAUGUUAUUUUAAUAGACAAAAAAAAUGUGCUUUUCUUUCAAUAACAAGGACAUUUCUAAGUGGCCCCAAACUUUUGAACGGUAGUGUACUUAGAUACACUUACCUGUGUAAUGUAUCUGGAUCUCAUCACCUAAAAUGUUUGACAUUUGAGGGUAAGCAGAAACCUUGCCUCCCUCACCAGUUAUUGGCAUGAGAAAUGGACUGGAAAUUCAUAGUAAACUGUGUCUAGGAAUUAUCAAACUUGAUUUUCUUUUGUUUGGUAGCAUAAAUUGACAGGUAGCAUAAAUGUACAGUGCAAAGUGGCUCUCAACUAUGCUGAAGUUGUUGGCUUUUCUGUAACACGUGUACAACUUCCAUGUUUACCGAGGACAAACUGAUGGGCCCAUUAAGAACCUUAUACACUAUCUGUCUUUCCUCACAUUGUGUUGUCUGAAUUCUGGAUCAACUGCAUCUGUACAUUGACUCUGUAUAUUGACUUUUUUAUAUAUAUAAUUGAUGGAGAAUGAACAAAAGCUGUACACUAGUGUCUUUAUUUUCUUGGUAGGCAUACAGAAAUAAAGAGGUGCCUCACUGUACAUUUGCAGUACAACCAUUUAUAUUUCUCAUUUGGAGUUGUAGACAAUGUUUCUGUGGUCAAACAUAUUGUUUUUUGCUACAAAAAUAUAAAAACAUCUAGAUA